CCCCAGUCGGCUAUGCCUGAUACGACAAACAGGGGCGCAAAUAACAAAAACAACAAACGCUCGGUCGAGAGAGCGGGACAGAGAAUAAGAGGAAGAGGCCGAGGCAAGCGCAUGAACGUGAGUUUUGCAGUUUGAUGGUUAAAUGCGUGCGUGAAGGUUGGAGUGAAGAUUUCGAGCCGAUUUUGAUCCUAGUGCUCGCAAUAAGUGGGUCAGAACUGGAACCGUUCGAUUAAGCCAAGCAAAACAAAAGUGCAUCUAACACACGCCCGCCAAAGAGGAAAAGUGCACGAGGGUGGUACCUAGAGUAACAGUUAUUCGGUCCGAAAAGCCUGGAAAAUGUAACCAAUUUGAGAAGACUUCGUUAGCUUUUACAUCGAUCAAACACUCACAUGAUAAACGAAUAAGAACGGACGAGAAAAUCAAAUUGCAGCAGUGUGACGACUAUGGGACACCCUGAAACUGCAUAGAGUGUAUGAUUUUGACAAUUUCGGUUUCGGAUGUAUCUUCUUCAGUCGGAAUAAGGAAUACACGAAUGUCGGAGCGAACGGAUUACGCAUAUAAGAACUCUCUGGAAAAAGAAUCUCGCCUCGCGAAAAUUCGCUGAAAAGGCAAAACCAAGUCAAAUCCAAACCCAAUCCGCAUCAAAUCAAAAAUCGUAUCAAUUAGCGAAAAGCGGUUCAAAUCGGGCGGAGCAACAACAACAGCGAAGCGGCUUGCAUGCGGCUGCUAAAAAAGCGGAAAAGCGCCUCUCCAUCGACUGCCGCCUUGUGCUAUAGAAACGUGAUCUCACCACUCUUAUGAUGGAACUCUUGUCAAACAAUUCGGUUCCGCAACAAAUGGCCAGCAGCAAUGCGCCGAGCGCCAACGGCGUGGCCUCUUCGACGGCCAACGGAAGUGGCGGCGGCAGUGUGAGCAGCAAUGCCAGCAACUCCUCCGAGCGGCUGCUGGCGGGCAUCCUCGAGAGCUUCCCCGCCUGGGACCUCAACGUGGGACUGCUGCCCAAUGUGGGUCAGAGCUCACCACCACGGACAGACUUCUUCAUAAACAACUUCCUGGGCGGCCUGGACACGCAUGGCGACUUCAGCAUCGGACCCAUAGGCAGCGGCGCACGCAGCAAUCCCAAGAUGUCGCCGGAGUCGUCCAACAACUCAAGCAUCAGCUGCGGCUGGUGCGAGGUGAGCGCCUCGAUACGCUGCCUGGAGUGCAACGAGUUCAUGUGCAACGACUGCCUGAGGGAGCACCGCAACAGUCCGCUGUCCUCCAACCACUCAAUAGUGUCCCUGCCCACGCCCAUCGGAGCCUCGCCCACGGGGGGCAGCUCCGUCAACGCACAGACGCCGCCCAGCGGCAACUUCAUCUGCGACAUUCACAACGAGAUGCUGCGCUACGUGUGCGACUACUGCCGGAAACUGGUGUGCCAGUGCUGCACGCUGCACGAGCACAAGGAGCACAGCUACGCCUCCAUCCAGAGCUUCAUGGUGGGCUCCAAGGAGAAGCUGGAGUGCGCCAUCGAGAGCAGCCAGGUGGGCACGCGUUGCAUUAAGAGCAGCAUUGACAAGGCGCUGGCCUUCAUCCGGCUGAUCGAGCGCAACUGCAGCGAGCUGAGCGACAAUAUACGCAAGGCCUUCCGUCAGUUUAUCAUUGCCAUCGAGGACCGCGAGCGUUUCCUCCUCGACUUUGUGGAGAAGCUCCGCCAGCGUCGCCUGGCCAUCUUGCAUGACCAGAUGGCGGGCCUAAAGUCGGCCCUCGCUGGACUCUCCGAAACCUCCGACAUGCUCAGCAAGGUGGCGGACAAUGCCUGCAACAUGGACCAGAUCGAGAUUGCCAUGAAGCUGACCAAUGGUCAGCGCCAGAUGGAACAGUUUGCGGGCAUCUACAAGGACCUGCAGCCCAAGCAGGAGGUCUUUGCCUUCGCCCCCCCAGACUACAGCCUGCUGCAGGACAUCCGCAACCAGGGCGGCGUUGUCCUGGUGGACGACAAGAACAUGCCCAUAGUGUCCAGCAGCAACGGCAUUGUGCCGAGUGUCUCCAGUGUGAGUGCCGUGAACGCCGCCUCCGUGGGCGUCGGCGUCGGUGUGGGAGGCGUUGGCGGUGGAGUCGGAGCCGUCGGAGUGUCCAACGGCAUGGACAUGGCCUUCGGCUUGAACAUGGCCAGUAAUCCGCUGAACGUGGCCUCCUCGAGUGUCCGUCGUCCCCUGCUGCGAGACAACAGCUUUCGGAUUCCGUCGCCCAUCAUGCAACCGCGUGGAGGAAGUGCCUGCGGCAUGUCAAGUGGCAUGUCCAGUGCUGCGCUGGACUGGGAGCUCAACGGACUGCGCAGCUCGCCUGGACUACACUUUAGUGCGCCGCGUACCACUCAGGCCAUUCCGGGAUGCAUGGAUCUGGUCAAGGUGCGCAACUCCAAUGCUCUCUCGCUGUCCUUCGCCACCGAGGGCCAUGAAGACGGCCAGGUGAGCCGGCCGUGGGGCCUAUGCGUGGACAAAAUGGGCCACGUGCUCGUUUCGGACCGCCGCAACAAUCGCGUUCAGGUCUUCAAUCCCGACGGCUCCCUGAAGUUCAAGUUUGGCCGCAAGGGCGUGGGCAACGGAGAGUUCGACCUGCCCGCAGGAAUCUGUGUGGACGUGGACAAUCGCAUUAUUGUGGUGGACAAGGACAACCAUCGUGUGCAGAUCUUCACCGCCAGCGGCGUCUUCUUGCUCAAAUUUGGCAGCUACGGAAAGGAGUACGGCCAGUUCCAGUAUCCGUGGGACGUGGCCGUGAAUUCGCGCCGCCAAAUUGUGGUCACCGACUCGCGCAACCAUCGCAUCCAGCAGUUCGACUCCGAGGGUCGCUUCAUCCGCCAGAUAGUGUUCGACAACCAUGGGCAAACCAAAGGGAUCGCCUCGCCACGCGGCGUUUGCUACACGCCCACUGGCAACAUCAUAGUGUCUGACUUUGACAACCACUGCCUCUACCUGAUUGAUCCAGACAUCAACGAUAUUCUCUCCGUGAAGGGACACGAGGGCUCGGGCUUCCAUGAGUUCAAUCGGCCCUCGGGCCUGUGCUGUGACGAUGAGGGCCGCAUCAUAGUGGCCGAUUCCAAGAAUCAACGCAUCCUGGUCUUCAACCAAAACCUGGACUUUAUGUGGGAUAUCGAGGUGCGACCCUCCAUCAAUCCUCUGAUGCCGCCCACGCUGGACGAGAAGGAUCGCACAUGCGAUGUGGCCAUAAUGCCAGACGGUCGCAUCGUUUUCCUCAUUGAACUGUCGCCAGACUCCAAGGAAGGGUCUAACCCUUACAAGCGGUUUGUGCACGUAUUCUAAAUUAGGCAACGAGUGCUAAUCAUUUUUAGAGCCUUUACAAGAGCUAAACAAGCUAAACGUUAGCGUAGAGAUCCGAAAGACAGAACGAUCAAGAACAGGUACCGAAACCGAAAUAAUAAGGGAAAAUCAGAAUUGAGUGCAUGGAAAUAGCGAAAAUUUUUAGCUUAAGUGCUACAACGAUUACCUCGAUAAUGCUUAAGAGUUAUGGUUACGAUUUGGUAAUUUACAAUACAAUACGAAUUACAAAUAUGUAUGUAUCUAUGGAUAUCUAUAUCUAUACGAAUAUGCAUAUGUUUAGCGAAUAUACAAGCCCAACCAACCAACUAGAACUAACACUAAAACUAAAACGAAAUCGUAAACUAAAGCGGAAGGCAGUUGAGUAGGAUAUAGGAGAUAUAUAUUGACGUAGGAUCCGAGAGCAUUCAGUAGAGUUACCGAACCUAGAAAAAGAUAAAGCGAAGAGGGAAACUCAACCAUUUACUAGAUGAAAAUAUUAUUACCUGUUAGUUAGACUGAAAGGCAGUUUGCUAGCUGAUAGAUCGAGUAGGAAUGAAGGUGGGGAUUGCGUUUUUUAUGGGGUUGCUUAGCGGAAAGGGGAAACUACUUUCGACAUGAGUUACUAAACAUGAUUUGCAGAGACACUGUGGAAUGGUAUUAAUGUUUGUAUUAUAUUCUUAAUUCGUUUGUUUAGUUCUGUUUUACGUUUACCUUAAAAUAACUUUUUUUGGGACAUAUUUUUAAUAAUUUUUUUUUUAUAAUUGAGACUGAGCAAGUGAGUACACGAACUUUGUAGAAAGAAGCAAAGCAAAACAAAACAAAACAAAACAAAACAAAGAAACAAACAAAAAUCAGAAAAUAUUGAUGAAACCCGCUGACUUUUGGUUGAACUUUUAACAAAGACUGAUUAACUAAACCGCAAUUUCGGAGCCAACUAAGGAACCAUAUAUGGUCAGGCCAAAAAAAGUGAAAAAUCCAACACACUAAAAUUGCAAUGACAUUGAUAACGUAAAGUAACUUAACAUAGCAUAACAUAAAACACAUACUUUCACACAUAUAGCGAUACAGAAAUCAUAUAGAUCCGAUCAUCCAGUCACUUAUCAUCAUGGGCAUAGCUUAAUCCGAGUUUAACUGACGUUCAUCGACAUUAACCCAUCCCAUUCAUACCCAUUAUGCAUCACAGGGCUUCGUUUGUGUCGGUACUUUAUAAUUAAUUGUGAAAGGAUUUACCCACAGGAUACACUGCAGGUUAAAGGAGGGGUUAGCUAAAAACGAGUAGAGGAGGGUUGGGGGGAGUUAAACGAACAAUACCUAAAAAAAAAAACUAAAAACAAAAUAACGAAAAAAUUAUCAUAAUUUUUGACUCAAUGUGUUCAUUAGCAUUUAGUAGACUUAGCGGGCGUGGCAUAGUGAAACGUAUGAAAAUCCAGAGCAAUAUAUGGGCGUAUUGAAUACACAUUUAGGUGACAUGUUCCUCGCAAAAGAAACAAACAAACAAAACAAAAACAAAAACAAAAACGAUGAAACUUAAUGAAAUCAUGGGCAACGCAUGAAUUAGCUGAAUUAUCUGUCUAGAGAGUGGAACGAUUUUUAGUAGCAAUUGUAUACAAACAUAUAGAGAGCCGACUAGAACCGAUUCUAGGCUCAAGACCAGGCGUAAAUUGUAAAACGUAUUAGCAAACUUAGUUACUUAGUUUACGUUAUGUUCUUCCUGUUUUGAGACGUUCUAUUCUUUGUACUUGUGUUCAAACCCGACUUCAACGGAUCGACAGAGAGAAAGAGAUGAUACAUAGCUAACACUCCUUCCACGAAUAAAGCAACAUUGCAUAAAAUGCGCAAAACAAACAAACAAAAACCCUAAAUCUAAAAUCACUAACACUAGCGUUAAAAAAAGAUGCAAAAAUGCUGACGGCUCUACGAGAGCGGUGGCAACAAAAAACAUAUACAAUAUUUAUAUACACGUAAUAUACACCAGGAGCAGAGGGCAACCCCCCACAUAGAGCUAUAUAGAGUAGAUAUCGUAAUUAUUUUACACCUUAGUUUAGCCAAACCCCCGAAAUUUCGGGGAACUACACGAUCGCCAUAACAUACUCGUAACCUCAUUUUAUCCAAUCGUAACACCUUGAAGCGCCGUUCAUUUCUUGUGAUCCAGAUCGAAUCAUUCAAAAACACUCGCACACAAAGCGCACGCAGAGCAUCCCCACAAAUAUCGCAUGUAUAUAUCAUAUAUAUCGCAUCGUAUCGGGACUAGCGACAUCUGAGAGAAUGCCAUAUUUUAUAUUUGUGUGAGAUUUACUAAACCAAUACUAAAGAACUAAUACUUAUAUCAUUACAAAUGAGCGCCGUUUUCUAAAAGCCACAGUUUAGAAAUUGUGUAAAAAAUAAAAACAAAAUGAUAACAAAAAAAAAAAAAAAA